ACCAAAGCAAUGGCAAGUGAAACUCAUUUUCAGUUGUCCAGCUACAUCCAACAUUCAACCAUUCAUUAACACACAACUUAUACUUCCGAGACCACCCCAUCCUCUUCGACCACUUCUAUCAAUUAUUUACUCAACUUAGCCUGAAUGCUUUUGUUUGCUUAUAGAGGAAAGCCGCAGGUGAUUUCCCAGGAAACGCAGUGGAAGUGAGCGAUUUCACUCCUUUGCUUCGUCAAGUUGUUGCAAGGAUCAGGCUCAAACUUCCCGAGUUACCGGGCGGACUCAAUUCAGGGAUCAAUCACUCCAUCGUCCUCUCAGAAUGAAGAGAAAGCGGGAGGGAGAAGGGGCGGCUCUGACAGCUUCAGCAAGUAGUAGCUGUGAUGAUGGAUCAAGGAAGGUUUAUGAGGUGUUCUUGAACUUCAGAGGACCUGACACCCGCUUAACCAUCGUUGAUUGUCUUUACAAUGACUUGAUCCGUGCGGGGAUCCGCGCUUUUAAAGACGAUGAAGAGCUCCGAUUUGGCAAAAAGAUUGAAGGCGGCCUCUUGCAAGCAAUCAAUGACUCCAGAAUUUACAUCCCGAUUUUCUCCAAAGAUUAUGCUUCAAGUAAGUGGUGCCUCCGUGAGCUGGCACUCAUAGUGGAGUUAUCGAGAGAUAAUGAUGAGAAAGUGAUCCUCCCUAUCUUCUACGACGUGGAUGUGGACGAUGUCAAGCUUAAGACCAAUUUAUAUAAGGAUGCCUUCCAAAAGCACAAGAAUGACUCUGGGGAAGAUUUAACAAAGCAGUGGGAGGAGGCUUUAAGAGAUGUUACCAGAAUUAGUGGAAAGAAACUAAAAGAUUACGGCCUAUAUAAACUUACAAACCUCAUGGUGGAAGAGGUUUCAAAUUUGCUAUGGACAAGACAGACAGACAUGUCUAACCAUUUGGUGGGAAUUAAGGAUCGAAUGGAUCACAUUAUGAAGCUAUUAGAUGUAGGAGCUUUUGAUGUACGGUUUAUUGUGAUUCAUGGUAUGGGUGGCAUCGGAAAAACAACACUAGCCGAGGCUGUCUUCAGGCAAAUCUACCCUCAAUUUUGGGAUCAUUGCUGUUUUCUUAAAGAUGUUCGAACUCAUGAUAUAAUAGGCUUACAAAAGAAAUUGUUGUUUGAUGUUCUCAAUCUUAGUUGCACAAACCCCUUCUUCAUUGAUGAAGUGAUCAAGACAAGGUUUCUUGGCAAGAAAGUCCUCGUUGUUCUUGAUGACAUCGACAACUGGGACCAAAUCAUGAGGCUUGCAGGUGAGCCCAACUGGUUUGGUGGGGGUAGUAGAAUCAUCAUAACAACAAGAAAUAUUCAAUUCCUGGUAAAGGAAGGUGAGGAUGACAAUCUCCCAAUCUCUAAUAGUGGUCAAUUUUCAUUCUACAAUAUGAUGGAGAUGAAUUCACAUGAUGCUCUUCAACUUUUCUGUGAGCGUGCCUUGGGAUGUGCCAAGCCUCCGCCUAGUUACAUGGAUAUCAUAGAAAAGCUUGUUGAUGCACUAGGAGGACUUCCGUUAGCUCUUGAUGUUGUGGGUUCCACACUUCGCGGAAAAUGCCGAAGAACAUGGGAAGUUUCCCUAUGUAAGUUAAAGAAGGUGAUGAAUGAGGAUGUCAAGAAGAAGUUGAUGAUAAGCUACGAAGCAUUGGAAUUUAAUCAACGGCAAAUUUUUCUUGAUAUCGCAUGUUUCUGCUUCAACAAAGAGAAAACAACUGCAGUUAAAUAUUGGGAUGCGAUUUUUGGGUAUCCGGCUGAAAGUGAGGUCAAUAUCCUCAAACGUAUGUCUCUAAUAAAAAUAUCAUACGAUAAUAAACUAUGGAUGCAUGACCAACUUAGAGACCUUGGAAGGAGUAUCGUCCAUCCAAAAAGUGGCGAAAUCCAUAUGAAGGGUAGCAGAUUGUGGUCUCCCAAGGAUGCCUUCCGUGUAGUGCAGACAAAAAUGGGAACCAAAGACAUACUGGCACUCAAUCUUGGUACACCUAGCCCAAAUAAGACGUACAGUUUUAAGCGCAACCAAUUUAUGGGCUUGGUCAACCUUAGGUUCCUUCAAUUGGACCAUGGAAAUUUUAAAGGAGACUUUAAGAAUGUUUUCUUUAAUCUGACAUGGCUCUCUUGGAGCAAUUGCUUCAAAAUUCCGAGCUAGCAAUUUUGGGUUGAAGAACUUAACGAUUCUCAUGUUAUCUGGGAAUAACGUUACUGAAGAUUGGGGAGGAUGGUGUCAAAUCAUGGUAGCAGAACAAUUGAAAAUCCUACAGCUCGAGGACUGUCCAUUCCUUAGAAAGAUGCCCAAAUUUACCACAAUCUCACAGCUAGAGAAAUUGAUUCUUAGAUGCGUUCGACUAAGAAAAAUUGACAAGUCCAUCAGCAAUCUUCAACAUCUUGAUUACCUAGAGAUAAAGAGUAAAGCUAUUGAGUCGCCACCGGAGUCCAUCCGUGGUCUAAAAUCUUUGACAGUGCUAAGAAUAGAUCGGACACCCUCAAUGAAGCCUCACUCGAUUGGCAAUUUAGCAAAGGUGAAGUCUCUAAUCUUGCCAUGCAAGGAACUUCAAAAGCUUCCCGACUCUAUCGGACAAUUGGACUCAUUACUUGAGCUAGAUGUUCGAUAUCUAAAAAUCAGUGAACUACCUCAUUCUAUUGGAAAUCUUCAAAGGUUGAAAGUUUUAUGCAUUCGGAAUUCCUAUCUAGAAAAGCUACCGGACUCGAUUAGGAGGUUGCAAUCAUUGGUCGAGUUGGAUUUGAGCCAUUCAAGAACCGAGAGUCUACCUGAUUGUAUUGGAAAUCUCAAAAAGUUGAAGGUACUAAAUCUCAAUCAGAGUUGCAUAAGUGAACUUCCGAAAACCAUAGGAAUGUUGGAAAAUCUGGAAAAGUUAUAUGCCUGCUCUGAACAACUGGGGGAAAUUCCAAGUGAAAUCGGGGCACUAUCCUCAUUGAAUAAUCUAGACUUAUCCAGGGGUCGCUUUAGUGGAUUGCCCACAACGAUCAAUCAGCUUACAAAUCUCCGAACACUUUGGUUACUAUUGUGUGAUUCAAUCCAACAGUUGCCGGAGCUCCCCAAGAGUCUAAAAUUUCUAACCCUUACAUCAAAUUCACUGACCACGAUCCCCGACUGCUCAAACCUAACCAAUUUAGUUAACCUUCAAAUAACUGGAUAUUCAAUUGAAGAACCCAACACAGAGGGGAUCGUGAGACUACCUGCUCUAAAACGAAUGACCCUCCGCAUUGGAAAAAUGGCCUUGCCUCCAACCGAUUUCAGUUCCCUCUCUCAGCUACAAAGCCUUGACAUAAAUUAUGCUGAGCCCCAAUCUCUUAUCGGGCUCCCAUCCAGCCUUGAAGAUUUGUGGUUAAGGGAUGUCCAGUCACCGAUAGAUUGGUCAGUCUUUUCCAACUUGGAGAAUUUGUUGAAGCUGUCUAUUUGUGGAUAUUCACUGAGCGAGAUUCGAUUCAAGGUGCUUGGAGAGCUACGAAAAUUCAAUGGAUUGCGGAUGGUUGACUGUCCAUUGCUCAAGACGUUGCCCGUUCUGCCUUGUUUGAAGCAGAUCCAGCUGGGUCGAUUGCCUAUGCUAAUUGAGAUUCAAGGUUUGGGAGAAUUGAAAUCAUUGCAGGAUUUGGAUAUUUGGGGAUGCAAUUCCAUCAAAAGCUUAAAUGAAUCUGAUCUUUCUAAUCUACAAAAUCUGAAAACUUUGGGGUUCCGUCGAUGUGAAUCAUUGGAGAGGGUGCUGGGUGUGCCAAAAUCUUGUCAACUCGAGGUGGAUGAUUGCCCGAGGUUCAAUAGAGAUGGAUAAGAUAUGUAUCAUUUGAUUGGCAAAGAUAGUCGAUGAUGCUCCUCCAAGACCAUGGUGAAAUGUUCUUUUACAUGGAUGUCUAGGCUUUGGGAAGACAUAUCAUUGGUGCUACAGCAAUGACUUGUUCUCUUCAAUCCAUAUCAGAAAAAGGGCGAGUUGUGGCUAAGUACACUGGUACAUUUUAGCUAGCUGGAAGAGGCUUCUUUUCAACUACAUUGAUGUUUAUGAAGUUCCAUUAUGCAAUCUUCUAUUGAACUUUGUUAUGUCCAUACAUUUCACAAUUUUGUGCUUUCUUCUUUUGCUUUUGUAUGCAGUUAAUAGAGGUCCCUUCAUGUAUGCUAGUAGUCGAUAUAUGAAACUAGCAGCAACAAUGAGGAUCCUACCACUGUAGCCAAGAUGUUCUAAUUAUAUUAUUUUAAACAAUAGCAAUGAGGAUUCUCCCAUAACCAAGGAAGAUGCCAAGUUAAAAUGGUUCUUGAGUUUUCUCAUGCAUGAAUGAGAGAAUCCUCUAUGAAGAUUAAGAUAAAGAUUAAGAUGUAAGACAUUUCAAGUUUUUCUCUACUAGAAAUUUGAAAUUUGUGAUCAAAUGUCUACUGGAUCAUCUGUUCUACACAUUGACAGCAUUGAUUUUGUGAGCAAACUAGAGGAGUUUUGAAUAUUUGAGAGUAAUAGCAAUUUUAAAAUUACAGGUUUGGAUAUAUUCUUGAAGGCAAUGGCUGUAGCACCUUGCCUUCUCUUUUUUCAUGAAUUUGAUUCCAUUGUGCUGAAAAGGGAGCAUGGUAGUACGGGGGUCACCAACCAUGUCAUCAAUAAGUUAGUUUCUUACAUUUAAUGGCACUUAUAAAGUGGUAAUGUGAAAUAUAGUUAUUCAUUGGUGCAGUUUUUUACUGAAUCAGAUGGUGUUGAAGUUUUAAGUGGUAUGUUUGUGUCAAUAGGACAAGGUAAUAAUUUCGUCUUACAUGGUAACAAAAAGUACUCUCUUUCCAUAGCACACUAAUUGUAAAUUGCUGUUGGAAAUUGCAUGGCCAUUAUGAAUGCUUUGCCAAAAAAAUUUCUAUGAAGCAUUUAAUAUGGAGACUACGUAAUAACCUUCAAGAAAGACUAUUAAAUGCUAGACAUGACUUUUCCUUGAUUUAGAGUUGUUUAACUUCGGAUACACAAUAUUGGAUAAACUACAUAUGUACGAAAGAAGGUAACAAAUGGCUAGAUUACUUGAAUUACUUUUCAGUUGCUAAAAUAGCUUACAAGAAGUGUAUUAAACUGGUCUUGAACCUCUUCAACAGCAUCAAUGGAUGUUGAUCAUUUCAGUUUUGAGUGUGCCAAAAUCUUGUGAACUCAUCAUCAUUGACUGCCCAUAGCUCAAUAGAGAUGGAUAAGGUAUGUACCAUUUGAUUGGCAAAGAUAGUUGAUGAUGGUAAGUCCAUAGAACUAGAGUUCAUUUUUUGUUACGUCCUAUUUUGUGAGUUUUCUUUCAGCUAAACUUUCAUCUUAGUUCUGGAACCAUCGCUUGUAUUCGUUCAUCCUGUUAUCUCUGAGCAAAAUUCCAUUUCCGCAUGUCAUGAACUUGUGGUACUUUCACUUGCCUCCAUGGUGGUGAUGCUUAGCUGGUUUAUGUUGUGCAUUAGCAUAAUGUUGGGGUUGACAUGCUUCGCAGCACGUAACUUGGCCAAAUAGUAAUCAAACUAAAGAUGCUAACAAAUGCUAGGUUUUGUUGAAAUGUAGAGGUGGUUGAGAGUACUGGUCAUACCUUAUGAAGCGUUUUUUCAAUUUCACUAUAGAACAAUCAUGAUUUGUGAGAAAUGAAAUAAAGGAAUUAACACCUAGUUAGCGAAAGAGUGGAUUGUUGAUACCUUUUUAUGUUGUAUGAUGACUUAGUUACUUCCUUCAUGAAGAAUUGAAGGUGCUUUUCUAGUUACUUUUGAACUUACAUUUUGUUUGUCUGUUUGUUUGCUAUUUGUUCAUUCCCUUCCAUCUUAAAUUACAAAACACAGUUGGGGAAGAUGUUGCAAUUCCCUUGAUAAGGCAUUUAUGUUCUUGAACUAUCAUUUUUGUGCAAAUGACAUGUCUUUUUCUAAAUCCUUUGCUGUUUUGAGCUGGGUCUGGGAAUUUGAUAACUUUGACUCAUUCGGGAAUUAAAAAAGGCAAAUGCAAUAACCUCAGUUGUUCCCUUUUGCAUGAUUUUUAUUUCUAGCGGUUCUAGAGAUUGAACUAGGAUUAUUUGAUU